AUGCCCAUUCCAGUCCCUCACGGAGGUGUUUUGCAAGACCUCGUCAUCAGAGACGCUGCUUCAAAGCAGGACCUUUUGGCCCAGAUCGACCAGCAGAAUUUGCCUGUCUACACCUUGACUGAGAGACAGCUCUGUGAUUUGGAGUUGAUUUUGAACGGUGGUUUCUCUCCUUUGACCGGUUUCUUGAACGAGGAAGACUACAACUCCGUCGUCAAUGACAUGAGAUUGACCUCUGUCAAGGACAAGGAGUCUGGCAAGGGCUUGUUGUGGUCCAUUCCUAUCACUCUUGAUGUUUCUGAGGAAACCGCUAAGAGUUACUCUGUUGGCGACAAGGUUGUGUUGGCCGACUUGAGAGACCACAAGAAGUUGGCUGUGUUGACCAUUGAGACUAUCUACAAGCCAAACAAGCAAGUUGAAGCCGAGAAGGUGUUCAGAGGAGACCCAGAGCACCCAGCCGUCAAGUACCUCACCAACACUGCCGGUGAGUACUACAUUGGUGGUUCUAUCCAGGGUCUUGACUACCCAACUCAUUACGACUACGUUUCCCUCAGAAAGACUCCUACCGAGUUGAGAAAGGAGUUCCAGAACUUGGGUUGGGACCAGCAGAAAAUCGUGGCUUUCCAGACCAGAAACCCUAUGCACAGAGCUCACAGAGAGUUGACUGUGAGAGCUGCUAAGGAUCUUGGUGACGAUGGCCACAUCUUGGUGCACCCAGUCGUUGGUUUGACCAAGCCUGGUGACAUUGACCACCACACUAGAGUCAAGGUGUACCAGCAGAUCUUGAAGAAGUACCCAGACGGAUUGGCCACCAUCUCGUUGUUGCCAUUGGCCAUGAGAAUGGGUGGUGAUCGUGAGGCCUUGUGGCACGCAUUGAUCAGAAUGAACUACGGUGUCGACCACUUCAUUGUUGGUAGAGACCAUGCUGGUCCAGGUAAGAACUCUCAGGGUGUGGACUUCUAUGGACCUUACGAUGCUCAGGAGCUCUUGGAACUGCUCAAGUCUGAGCUCGAGAACAAGAUCAAGAUUGUUCCCUUCAGAAUGGUCACUUACUUGCCAGACGAGGACAGAUACGCUCCAAUUGACACCAUCGACACCUCCAAGGUCAAGACUGCCAACAUCUCGGGUACCGAGUUGAGACAGCGUUUGAGAGACGGUACUGAAAUUCCUGAGUGGUUCUCGUACCCAGAGGUUGUCAAGAUCUUGAGAGAGUCCAACCCUCCAAGAUACAGCCAGGGUUUCGCUAUCAUCAUCGAUGCUGCCAACUACGAGGGCUCUAACGCUGAGUACUUGUCUUUUGCAUUGCAAUCAACCUUGAACCAGUUUUCGGGAAGCCGUCGUAUUACCAAGUUGCCAACUCAGUUCAAUGAUGCCUCUUUGGUCAAUGAGCUUGUUAAGGCUGGUUCUGGUGUGAUCAUCACUGCCAACGGUGACUACUCGGACAUUGUCAAGGCUGUUGGAGACUCCAACAGUGCUAUUGUGAAAUUCGGCGCUCUGGAGUCUGCCGGAAACGUGUUCUCGUUGGGCUCUAACGAUGUUGAGUCUGUGACCAAGGUUUUAGAGGCUAUUGUUGGUUACUUGUUUGAGCAAGGUUUCUACACUGCUUAG